CGUGACUCCUUCCAAGGGGGCACCAUGGAGGACAUGUAUAUGCAACCUCAAAACAAACUCCUGCAAUUGUAUACUUAGCAAACCACCAAAAUCGUGCGACAGGCCUAGGCCACGUUCGCCCGAGUACACUGCAUCAUGGACGAGGAGAAUAAACUUCAGUUCCCGUCCCUUCCUUCGGCAAAGGAUAAUCUAUUGGUAAGCGCUAGUAUGCAAGCUAACGCAGCUAGCUAGCUACAUCUUUCUGGUUAGCUAGCUAAUGUCAUGAAGAAGUUAGCUAACUUGCUAGCAUACUCAAAAACAGCAUGAAUAACUUAGUCUAAUAACAUGUCAUCUAUCUCACUCUCUAAAUUUGACUUUUAGCUAAAUGUAAUCAUGUCUAAAGCAUUUUUCAAAUGCUCUCGUAUCAUAUUUCUGAUCAAAUUAGAUGUGUUCCGUUACCUACCUAGCUAACUAAUUUAACUAGCUAGUUUGCUAGCCAAAUAUCGCCAGUCGAAAGAGUUCAGCUGUCCCAUUGGCAAGUGUAGCUUAUGCUCGCUACAAGACAUCCAUGCAGGGGUAUAUUGUGGCAGAUGACUACUGACCGGCGAUUUAGGUUUGGUGACUGCAGUGACUAUUUAUGCAGAGCGCUAGCCAGUCAGUUAACAUAUUCUAUUGAUUUUCUGAUCUUUUCCUCAGGACUGGGCGUAUCCAAUGAGAAGAGAAAUGCAGGUAACGUUAGCUAACUGCCCUUUUUGUCCCCAAAGUGGAAUUAUUGUAAGGGGCACCAGAAGUGACUGCUGCUGAGUCAUAUUGGCCAUAGUAGCUAAAUCAUGUAAUCUCAUAAUGAUGUACCUAAAACCUGUUUCUCCAUUGUUUUAGGAAAUUCUACCAGGCCUGUUUUUAGGUCCCUACUCAGCUGCAAUGAAAAGCAAGGUAAUUUGGUAUACCGUAAAUCGACUGGGGUGGCUAUCUGCUGAGGGCAGGUGUGGGUGCAGGCAUUUGUUCCAGAUCAGUCAAGUGGAAACCUUUUACUGUUUAACAACCAAACGGAACGAAACUGUGAGGGAACUACCCAAAUUUGUCCAAUAGUAACGCUCAUUUGCAACAGAUGAAACGUUUUGCAACAGAAUUGGCGUAAUGAUUACACCCCUGAUUCAACCAAUCAAAGUAUUGACUGAAGACUAGGUUUAGUUGAUUACUAGAAGCUGGUGUGUUUCUGCUUGGCUGGAACAAAAGCCAGCAUCCACACCGGCCCUCUACGUUGGUCAUCGAAACAUUGAAGGUCCUGGGCUUGGUUUUCUGAUAGCGAUGGAACUUAGGCUUACAAGUGUUUUAACGAUCCAAAAACGACUGAAAAACACAACGCUGAGAGAAUGUUAGUUAAGUGCGUUGUUGGAGCAUGUGUUGAUACUGAUAGGAUCGAAAGAAAGGCAGCGCUGCUCUCUAUUCAGCUUUCUCCAUUCAAAUGUUACCUUGAAAUUAGAAUUAUUCCACAAUACUAAUGACGGAUCAGCUCCUAGAGAGAUGCUUUUGGGAAACCGGGACUAUAAAAUCACUUUUUGAGAUUCUACAAUCUUGUUAACUCAACCCUUGUUAACUCAACCCUUGUGUUCUCUUUUAGCUUUCCGUCCUUGAAAGACAGGGGAUAACCCACGUAGUGUGUGUCCGCCAGGAUAUCGAGGCCAAUUUUAUAAAGCCCAACUUCCCACAUAAAUUUAGGUAAGAGACAAACUGAGAACCGGUACUUGAUGUGUUUGAAACCCAAUGACAUCUCUCACUUAAAUCAACUAAUUCAUGUGGCCUGCUUUCUUCUGUUUUCAGAUACCUCGUUUUAGAUAUUGCCGACAAUCCUGUGGAAAACAUGAUUAGAUAUUUCCCUAUGGUGAGUUUCAGCAUGAGUGUGGUGGAUAAUGUUACAUAGUAUUGCAGUCUGCCCUGUUAUUGUCAAAGGCCUACAUAUUUAUAUUUUUUCUCUCUUCACAGACAAAAGAAUUCAUUGAUGGCUGUUUAGCCAGUGGAGGUAAUAAGAAUGUAUUUAAUUGAAUAGAAUAUUGUCUUUAGAAUUUAGUUGCAACAAACUGUGUGCAUACAACAGUGUGCGGGUACUUUUACUUCAAUGUUACAAUUCUUGUACCCUGCACCUGGAGAAUUGUUGGAUUUUGCGAUACACUACUAUACAGUACUUUUGAACUCUUCAGGGAAAUAUAUCUUGACUCUGUCCUUGUCUUGUUCCCAUAGGAAAGGUACUAGUUCAUGGAAACGCAGGGAUAUCAAGAAGGUUGGUCACAUCUAAUGUUAUAGAUUUGAUUUUGAACAGAUCCAUAAUGUUUGAAAAUACUCUUCUUGCCUGCUUGUCUAUUGAUAUUGAUCUUCCUGUUAGACAAGUAUCACUCUCAAUCACAAUUAUUGUCUUCUCCUUUCAGCGCUGCCUUAGUUAUUGCAUACCUUAUGGAGACAUUUGGCAUAAAGUACAGGUAAGACCAUUCAACAAACCAAGCAGGCUUCAUUUAUUGCAUAGACACUGUCCAGAUGCAUGGUGACCAAAUAUCUCGUACAAUGUCCUGCUGAAAAUUUGCUGGUUCUUCUACAGGGAUGCUUUCAGCCACGUUCAGGAGAGGAGAUUCUGCAUCAACCCUAACGUGGGCUUUGUGCAUCAAUUACAGGUAGGGUCCUCUGUAUUAGGUCGUGAACUCAUCUUUUAAACAGCUCUGACCACUGAGAUAGAAAAAUUACAUGAGGCAUAUUCAAUGGUUUUCAACAUGACAAAAGUGGCAGAUGUCUGCUUGAUACAAGACAUUUCUGUCUGAAUGGUUUGUAAUGCUGCGCUCUCCAUCUCUUGAUGACGUGUUUUCUAGGAAUAUGAAGCGAUCUACUCUGCUAAACUAACCAUCAAGAUGAUGUCACCAAUACAGCUGGGCAGAUCGUUCUCCCUGCAUGCUGGAAUGCCAGGUCAGUGUGUGCAUCUUGCAUUCAGGUGACAGUUACAGGAAUCUAGGCUCAUUCCACGCUUGCCAUACACGUCUGUUUCACCGUGGGUGCAUUUGAGAUGACUUACCAACGGCCUAGAAAGUAGUCGAUUGCAGUCAGCGGAGGUUCUUACGUACAGACAACACAUUUAGUGGUUUUCCAACCGCAAAGCUCAUGGCAGUGUCAAAAUAGCUACCGUUGUUCAUAAGAGGUUUUAGUUAGAAUGUCACAAACUCUUCUCUACCACCCUAUAUUUUCCAACAACACAUUAACUAAAUAUCAUAUUCAUUUGGAUCCGCUAUAGCAGGGGUACUCAAGUACUAUUUGAGAAGGUUCCGAUCACACAAAUUUCCUAGGUGGCAAAGGUCCGGAUGGAUAUCGUCUUUUAUCGGCGUAGUAACAAACCCCCACCUCACAACCCAUGCGACCCAACCUGUUCACACCCCUCUAGAAAUUAACAUUUUUAAAGCUAAUUUGCCGCAAUUCUACACAUUUUGCGUGGGUCAGAUAAUUUUCUUGCGGUUUUAAAGCUAAUUUCCUGAAAUUCUACACAUUUUUCCAUGUCUGAUGUGUGUUUAUAUGAUACCAGGGGUUGAAGCCCGACCGCGGUCUGACAGUUGAGUAUAUGGGAGCACUAUAGCUUAUAAAUGGUGGCAAAAAUUAUUCAGGUUCACGUAGGUCAAGCUAAACACCCUAAUGAUUGGGGGACAAUUGUGCUUCCCAUAAUGGCUGCAGUGGGUGAGGAGCAACUACAGAGACUUGCAGCGCUUCGAUCAAAAACGGCAUGCCCUCCAAUCAUGUGGUUUAUGCAGUCGACAUGUAGGCUCAACUUUUAUCCCCGUGUUACAACAUGCAUUUAAAGAAGUUGAUCAGCAACUGAGCAGAAUUAAUGCUCUCAAUAGUGCCCAAAGACAAGUGGUUCUUUCCCAUGAAAUUCAGGUGUUUACACAAAGUUUAGUAAAGGGAUACUUCAGUAUUUUGGAUAAUUUCCUACUUACCCGGAUUCAGACAAACUCGCAGAUACCAUUUUUAUGGGUCUGUGUGCAGUUUAAAGGAAGUUGAAGGUAACAUUUCGUUAGCUUAGUUCAAUUGCUGGAAGUCUCCAGUAAGGACUAGCCAGCACAUGUCAAAAGCAGGGAAAGACACCUAACUACUUCAAAGCUGGGUGGUUGGUCGUUUAUAGUCUUACAAAGCUAUGCAUAGUCAUCGAUAUUUUGUAAAUGUGUACAUUUUACUGUUCAACGUAAGAAACAAGAUUCUAUCGACUUACUCAUUCUGUCGUAUAGAGAUCACAACGUUGUAUCUGUCCCAUUAUGGCAUCUGUCAAUGGCGUUGCCCAUGCGCUCACAGGUGCCAUGAUGGGACAGAUGCACCAUUGCGAUCUCUAUGAGACAACGGGGCAGAAUGAGGAAGUGGAUGGAAGAUUUCUGCUUCUUACGAUUAUCAGUAAAAUGUAUAAAAUAUGAAUAACUAUUUAUAGCUUUGUAAGACUAUAAAUGACCAACCACCCAGCUUUGGAGUAGUUAGGUCUAUUUCCCUGCUGGCUAGUACUUAAUGGAGACUUCCAGCAAUUGUGCUAAGCUAACAAUAUGCUACCUUCAAUUUCUUUCAAACUGCACGGAGAGACAUAGAAUUGAAAUUAUCCAAAAUACCGAAGUAUCCCUUUUAAGUUCACCAUCAGUCACCACUAUCUUUCCCUCUCUUUAUUUCUGGAUGUUUGACCCUGUGAAUGUCUGUACUUCGCAGGCAGCCUGAAACGAAGCCUGGAGGAAGACGAGGACUUCGGGGGAAUGCAGGUCACUGCUGCGCAGAACGGAUAGGCUUAUUAUGCAGAGAGCAGUGUCUUCGCAUACAGUGCAGUCUUUUUUAACAUUUUUAUUGGGAUUAAAAAUGUUAAUAUUUCAACUUUUCUAAAGGGUGGGGGUGGGGAAUUGGGUUAGCUUCCUGACGUCUGAGACCAAAGGGAGAGGGGUACAGUUUCAUAAGUGACUUAUUAUUAUUUGCUGUAUGCACUGAUGAGGUUUUUUGCAGUUUUAUAGUAUUUAAAGCAUUUUGCAUUUUCAGCGGGACAGUAUUGCAAUAAUGCACUUUUGAUACUUGAAUUAUUAUUUCUCGCCAGAAGGGGGCAGUUGGCGUAAGGGACAGUGAUAUAAAGUCAAUGCCUUAUGGGAGAGAUGGAGGCCCAUAUUUGGGAAUUGGGAAUGUUGGACAGAGAUCAGGCUUAAAAUGUGAUGGUAUUUAAAUGAAAUGGAGAGAAAAAAGCUUGCCAGAGAAUUACGACCCACUGCUCAAUAAACAGACGGCUAACAUGUCUGUUGUACUGUCAUUUCUUGAUGAUCAACUUAACACUUAUGGAAGUUCAAGAAAAAGUGGGGAAUAAAAUAACUAAGCUAAUGUGCCCAAAUAUUAUAAGUCUCAGGUUUUAUUAUUUUGACAAAUAGACAAAGUAACAACCAGUG